CUGUCGUCGCUGUAGCUCAGGGAGAUCGCUCACCCUGCUCUAGCCGGGUGAUACGUGCCACCACCACCAGCUGUCAGACACUGCCAUCCCUCCCAGAUCAGUACUGGCCCCACCUGCAUCUGUCGUCGCUGUAGCUCAGGGAGAUCGCUCACCCUGCUCUAGCCGGGUGAUACGUGCCACCACCACCAGCUGUCAGACACUGCCAUCCCUCCCAGAUCAGUACUGGCCCCACCUGCGUCUGUCGUCGCUGUAGCUCAGGGAGAUCGCUCACCCUGCUCUAGCCGGGUGAUACGCGCCACCACCAACAGCUGUCACACACUGCCAUCCCUCCCAGAUCAGUACUGGCCCCACCUGCAUCUGUCGUCGCUGUAGCUCAGGGAGAUCGCUCACCCUGCUCUAGGUGCAGUUUACGCCUCAAGUGGGAUGUAUUAGGCUUCAUCAAGCACGGGUGCCAUCGCCUACCGCCGUCACAGUACCUAGAAUCAUGAAUCCUACCCCCAGUCACGUCUUCCUGCAAACUGGGAAAGAAAAUGCUGACAACUUUAUGGAAGUUUUCCAUCACUUCCCAUCAGUGCCUUCCUUUCUAAAACGGGAUGAAUACGUGUCGGUGAGGAGCAGCAAGGUCAGCCGUGAGGAGCAAUCUGAACUGUUGACCUUUGUCCCAGACAUCGAUGGCUGUGUCGUCGAAUGGAAUGAUGUAACAUACAUCAAACAUCCAAUAAGAAAGGUUUCUCUUUGUGCCGACGACAGUAGGAGUUUAAGACCAAUCCACUCUUUCCUAAGGAAACACCUCAGAUUAUCAGGACAAUUGGCCAGCAACCUACGGAAGUGCUGUGGAUUUCAACUGAUGUACGAAGCUGGGUGGGAAUAUUGGAUCGGGUUGGUGCCGCCGGACGGUGGCCACAUGCCGUUCGAUUCAACAACUUUGAGGAAACUCACGUACAAUUGGGUGCUGCAACUCAGGACCCAGCUGUCCCAAAAUCUCAGACAUCUACUUGAAGAUGGAUUGGCCAUAAACACUAUAAGCAAAAACAAUCUAUCGGCGAUGAAAACCGUCACUGUCCUUCCAGACGACCAAACAGCCAUCCUCAAUGCUCUGCAUGAGUCCAUCAAUGCAGUGGAUAGUCCCCCGGGUUUGAAAAAGAUAGUCUUCAGCUUCCGUUUUGGGGAAAAAGCUCAGAAAGGAAUCGACAUUCCCACUUUAUCCAGCCGGGCCCUGGAUGCCAUCACUGCCCAUGUCGGGGUUAAUAUACGCCCCCCUCCAUGCACAGACGUCAUGUGGUCGCGGUGUGGCAUUUGCAGCCUAGUUGGACAAAGGGGUACACUGAGCAGCUGUAUGUCGUUUUUUGAAAGUGGAAACUUUCAAUCAAAUCUCGAUGGUAGGUCCAUGGAUGUGACAACAGAACUGUUGAACAUCAGCAAAACACCAAAUGACGUCCGGUUUGUUCAGCUAUAUGCGGACAUUCCACAUCAGCGACCGAAAACCAGGUAUCACCCCGUGUGUCUGGAUGCAUGGCUGCCAACAAAGCAGUGAACCAUGUCACUAAAGCAUCUUUCCAACGAGAUUCUUUGGAAUACCUCAGUGUGGUUGCAAACAACUUCUCCAUCAUGAGAAACUUCCAGUGUCGUCUUGAGUUUGUGACCCGUACUCCAACCAGCAUCACUGUACUGAAGCCACUCGAUCUUAUGGAUAAAGAACACCUUCAGGAUCUCAUCAGCAGCCAUGCUUUAAUCACACCCUUUCAUCGCGGAAGUUUGUUUUCGGACACUGUUGCAUCGGUUGUGGCUAAAAUUGGACUGUACCUCGUCCACAAGCUUAAUGCAACUUUGGAUGUAUAUAAAGGUACCGGGAACUGUGCUGCGGUGUGGUGUGCCUACCAGCUAGAGCUGGCCCUGGAGAAGAUGUUGUGGGGCAACCCAAUUGCCUGGCAAUCUCAUCAGUGUGCCGUGAACCUUGGAGUUGGCCUUGGUAAUCCGUCUCAAUGUAAGACAGACUCUCUAGGAUUUCUAGCUCUGGAACCCUGGGAAAAGUCCACCCAGUGUACUGACGUGCCACCACCACUAACAGUGUGGUCUUCCAGUGACCUCACACAAAAACAAAUGAGAAGAGUUUUUGGAUUCCAUGACCUGGUGGAUGAGCCUUCUCACAUUGUUGGUCGACGGGCCUUGAUGAUACUGAUUCAAGACUUCUACCAGAUGGGUGUGAGGUUUGGCAUGUCAGAAAGUGACUUCCUGCUCUUUCUGAAGGGACAGGGCCGAACACCCCCUACAUCAGGAACCACCACAAUAAACCAGUUGACGCACCAGCUGUCCCAAGCGGAGGGCGUAAAAUUUCCAAUGGUUUGGGGUGCCAUCAUUUACAUGCUAAGGAGCAAGGAUUUAGGUCAAAUCAUUAAAGCUGGCAUUAAAGAGCUUGACCUACUCUAUUUCCCAGCUUUUCGUCUCUAUGACCAUCAGAGACAUCCAAAUUUUAUGUGGCACACAAGCUUUCAGUACCUGGCCAUAUCUGAAAGCUGUACAGAAGGACAGCAUAGGGCAAGUGUUCUUACACAAGUUGUUCUUACUGAAAUGGAAGCCCGGAAACUUGCGCACAUCUCUAAUCUUCGACGAGAAUUUACUCGACCCUUUCCAUGGAUCCUGCCAUGUGCCAACAAACUGAAAGCAAAGGCCUUGCCUGAAAGGAAACUCGUCACUGUAUUGACAUUUGUGAGCUGCGUAGCUCUGUUUCAGAAUGAACGAUUUGUGUCGUACUAUGCGCUCAGAAAGCUGCACGACGAAUUGCCCAUUCGUCAGCAUGAACUAAUAAGACUGGAAAUACUGGGCAAACUUCCCGUAUCCAGAUUUAAUAUGUUUCAACUGCAUCGUGUACACCAGACCAUCCCAUUCAUACUCCCACGUGUCCAAACAUCUCAACCACCUGCACAGAAGCCAGAUCAACAGCCCACCCCAGUGGUUCACACCGAUGAAUUACCAGAGGAAGGUGUUCCCGUAGGCGAAACGGUCGUGCCAAUCCGCUCCCGGCAUCUUCCCUGGGACUCCAAACUGGAAUGGCAUUCUGAUGAAGUGAAACUUCUGGAGGACUUGGAGGCACAGAAUGACCUUGCUCCAAACAAGCAGUCUUACCUGCAGUACCAACGUAGAUGUAGGUUGCAGCAAGUACCAGACCGCAGUUUUCCUGCAUUUCGAGCCAAAGUGUAUCGCUUUAUGUGCAGAAAGUAACACACCCAUCAUUUUGUACUACUUCAGGCCAAAACAACAAACCUACUGUGUAUAUCAAUUGUUAUCAAUUUCUCAUUGUUAAUUUUUUUUUGCACGGUUCUAAAGUUGAUUCUGCAAAAUAUUCCAUAGCAUGAUUUUGGAGUUAUCCUAUAUAGUAAAAUAUUCUAAGACGUUCGUUCGAUUCAGUCUGAAUAUCCCAAAGUUUUCUGAAAUGUGUUGAGUCUUCUGGUGUUUAGCAUAUCUUAGUGUUUGUUCAUGAUGAUUUUAGUGCUGAAGAAUAUUAAAAGUUUCACCUUCUUUAAACUUUUAAAUACCACUUUUCCUAAUUUCUGAGUACAUCUCCUUUCCUGAAAACAAUGAUUAACUUAAUUCCUGUUGUUUCAGAAACUUCUAUAAUUAUUAGAAUACAUUGAGUCAAUGAAGUUCAUGUACUCACCCUCACUUCGUAUUAUUGAAAAACUUAUUCUCAGUAAAUGAGGGUGUAUGCAGUCCAAUGUAAGUCUCCCUCUCUUCUUCCAAAGAUAUUUAAGAAUUAUAGCUUGCUGUGUAAAUACAUCAUCUGUUGUGCAAUAUGUAGGCCUGAAUCCAGCUUUAUUCUCGGAGCCAAUUUUGUUAUGAACCCACCACUGAA